AUGGACGCAUCAGCUUAUGCAGCGCUUCCUAGAGUCGUUCUAGACAACGGCUCUGGCUUCAUAAAGAUUGGACACGCUUCCACCAAGAAGCCACCAUACGUAAUUCCUAAUUGUGUAGGACAAAUCAAAAAGAAAUUCGGUUCACAGUACUACAAUGACACGCUUUCAUCAACAUCCACAGAACAGACUAGUAACUUGAAUACUCACACAAAUGACUCUCAAUAUGUAUCAGAGGGGUGUUAUACACUCAUGGAAUACUUUUGUAUGCGACCGCAUACCAGCAGUUUGUUAUAUGAUUCUAAUCGUCAAAGAGCUAUAUGGGACAAAUUGAUAGGAAGAGUGAAUCCUUCCAACACUGGGAAUGUUCUCAGUUAUAGCAACGUCUUGGGUAUCGCUCCUGAAAGCACAGCAAUUUGCGUAACGGAACCUAAUCUCUGCCCAGUUCAAGCUAGACAAGCUGCGGCUGAAAUCAUUUUUGAAGAUUUUGGAUUCCCAUUAGCGGCUUUUAUUCCAUCACAAACAGCCAACGCGCACUAUUAUGAUUCUGCUAUAACUAGGCAGUUUACUAGCAAAUCUGCACAAAAUGAACUGGUGUUAAAAUCGUACCCUGACCCUAUUCCAAAGUACCAAACCUCAACUGACACAUCAUGUUGUUUAGUAAUAGAUUGUGGAUUUGGUACUACACAUUCUGUGCCAUUUGUAAAUUGUAAACCCAUACAAAAUGCGGCUCUUCGUACUUCAUUAGCUGGAUCGUCUCUAAACGCGUAUCUGAAGAAUACUACUGCUCUAAGAUUCGUCAACUUAGAAUUCAAUGAACUAGUAGUGCAGCACAUGAAGGAGGAAUCAUGCUAUAUUUCAAGAAAUUUCGAUCUGGAAUUGAGGGCAGCCAAAAAUUUGCAAAGAAUACCGGGAAACAAUCUAUUGCGACACAGAUAUUUUCUUCCAAACUAUAAUACUCGAUCGAAAACCGUAAUGACGAGACACUUUACAACUUAUCGCGAAGCACCUGCACCUUUACUUGGUGAAAAUAAUGAGAAUGAGGUUAAAAAACUAGCCGAUGGUGAUGUAGACAGUCUUGAAAAACUUGAGGCGCUUAUUCCCAGUAGCAAUGAACCAAAUUUCGAAACAUCGCAAGAUUCUCUAUUGGAACAUGAAUCGAUUUUAAAUCCAGACAUUAUGGAAAAUAAUAAUCAACAUAUUGAUCUCUUUGCAGAAAGAUUCUCCAUUCCUGAAAUUCUAUUCAGUCCACAGGAUAUUAAUAUAAGGGAUUGCGGAAUAGUAGAACUUGCCUAUCGCACAAUAGCCCUUUCUCCUCCGCAGAUACAACCACUUCUGGCCAGUAAUAUUUUUCUUUGUGGCGGCUCCACAAAGUUCCCAGGAUUCACAGAAAGAUUCUAUACUGACAUUAGGAAAUUGUUGCCAACGGAAUGGGAUGUUUCUGUGUACUCAUCAGAGGAUCCUUCACUUUCAGCAUUUUACGGUGCCAAGAUAUGGACAAAUGAUGAUUCUCUCUUUUUAUCAAACGCCAUUACCAGAAGCAUCUACUUUGAAAACGGAGGAAGUAUAAUAAACACCAACGACAUGAUGAAGGCCAAAGCCGCAGAAUAA